AUUAAAUGUCAUUGCAAAUGUAUUAAUUGUUUAAUAUUUUAAAUGAAUUUGUACGAAAUGUGAAAUUAAUUUAUGAACGUAUAUAAAUGAGACGAAAUGCAACGAAUUGCGAGCCAUAUAUUUAAAACAAAAUCUGUUUUGUACCCGAGACAGAUAGACUAUCGCUUAGUCAGAAUAUCUCAGUCGGCGAUAAAUUUGAAGCAAUUUAGGAAGUAUCCUGACAGAGAGCCUUGUCCGCUGCCUCCCCCGCCGCCUAAGCCAAAAGAAAAGGACGACAGAAUAUUAUGGGGGACAGUUUUUCUCGCAACAUUAGCAGGAGCAUUCGCGUAUUACGCUAAACAAUCUCCGCAGACUCGUGAUUGGCUCACAAUAUACGCGCCCUGGUUCGACGAUAUGAUAGCUGUUAUAUUUCAAGAGAAUAUGUCUUAUAAAGAAUAUCUGAACGAAUGUAUCGAAAGUUUUAAGAAAUAUAUACAUAUGGGUGAAAAAACUGAUGUUUGUAAAAUUGAAGAACCACCAAAAGCGAUUCCUACCGUUCCAGAAAAGCCUAAAGAAAUAAUACAACCGGUCAAAGAAGUAAUUGAACAACCACCAUGCGUUCGUCUUCCACCGCCUGUACUGACGAAAGAUAUUUGCGAAGUGGAAUCCUGUUUGAAGGAUCUUUUUGAGACUGUUGUCAACAAUUAUGAUACAGCUAAAGCAGCUUGUGUUUAUUACUGUCAGGUAGUAGAAGAUACAAUGAACGAUUUUACAAUGCCUAAAUUAAAAGAACUUCGCAAGGCAAUGGAGGAACGUAUGGAUUUGGUUAGAGUGUCCAUACAGAAUGCAUUGGAAGCGCAAGAGGGGAUGGAGGAAUUAACUCGUUACUUGGAUUGCGGAGUACAAGCUCUUCCAGAAGCUAUAGAGAAGACGAAAGAAAUGAUGGAGCAAUGUCAGGAGAAGAUAAAGGCAACUUUAAUACAAUAUCAAUGGGAAAAUGAUAAGGCAUUAGUUCGUGACAGACAGUGGCAAAUGGUGGAAACGUACAUAGAAAAAUAUACAGAGGAAAAUGAGAUUCUAAUACCUGGUCUUCAUUAUACACAUAAUAAGUUGAGAAUGGAUGGAGAUCCGGACUUACUAUUAUACCAUACUUAUCGAUAUAAACAAGAUUUAGAAGAAGAACUGCAAGAGGUGGUGGCUGGUAUGAAGGAGCGCGCAGAUAGAGCUGUGGACACUACACGAUCGGAAGAUGAAAAAACUGAACGAGAAAGGAAACUGUUUUUAGAGAAUCUGACCAAAUUAAAACGUCUCGAAUUGGAAAAAGAUUUUAAGACGAGGGAAGAAAAUUUAAAGAAACGAAACGACGAUAUGUUAAAAGACGCAUUAAGAAAACAAUUACAAAGACACGAAGAGAUUUUGGAGAAGAAAUUGAAACAAAGAGAGAUAGAGGCGACAGCUAAACUCAAUCAAAUGGUGGCUGACAAAGUGGCAGCUGAAAAACGUCUCUUUGCAAAACAGCGCACCGAAAUGGCAGCCAAAUUAAAAAUAUUAGAAGACAAGCUUGCUGCGCAUUUGAAAGCAGAGAAAGAGACUAAAAGAUCACAGGAGCUUUGGGCGGCUGGGUCGUCAUUGUUGGCAGCGACUCGCAGGGGAGAGAAAUGUGUUAACAUCUCAAAAGAGUUGAAGGCCGUACAGAAAGCAUCAGGAGGGGAGGAUAAACUUGUCUCUACAGUUAUGAAGUCAAUACCAAGAUCAGUGUGGGCAGACGGCGUGGUACCCGACAGUGUACUCAAAGCGAAUUAUUACAAGAUGGAGAAGACUGCUUUAAAAGUAGCCUUAGUGGAGUUGGAGGGAUCUCCACUACCAAUUUACUUUAUAUCCUGGUUACAGUCGAUGUUUUUGUUCUUUAAGGUUUCAGGAAUACCACAAAAAGAGGUGGAUGAUCCGCCUAAAGAACCAGCGAAAGAUUUGGAUACUUUUGAUUUACUGCAAAGAGCUCGUUUUUGGAUGGAGAGAGGUAACCUCGCAGUUGCUAUACGUUACGUGGCCCGUCUGGAAGGCGCGUCUCUUGUCGCGGCGGAGACUUGGCUGGAAGCAGCUCGCAUACAUCUCGAGAUACGACAAGCGGCUGAAGCUAUUGUGGCCCACGCUGCGGCUUUGGGACUUCAAUAUAUUUAAUUUAAAUUACUUGGAAAAAGCAACCAGACUUUAUAAGCCAAUAAUGUUAAUUAGUCGGUGAAAUUUAUUGUACAAAAUUACAAUAAUGUUUUAAUUUUAUAUAAUAAAGUAGCAAUUUUUA